CUUGUGUCUCAACUCUACGAUCCUGCAAAUACAGGCAACCCUGCCAAGAUCAAACUUAUCCAGGAACACUUGCAGGCUCUGCAGAAAGGCCCUCAUGCAUGGUUGAUUGCGAAUGACCUUCUCAACUGUGACAAUUCAGACUUGCGAUUUUUUGGGGCUUUGACGUUUACAGUUAAGAUAAACCAUGACUGGUGGGUUGCUCUGCAGGGUUCCAGAACUGGAAAGAGAGCUAAUUUCAAUGUCAGGUCUCGGUUGAGCGCGGAUGAGACUGGGGAACUUCUUGGUCGUUUAAUUGACCAUUAUGUGCUAUUGGUUAAUGGAGGGGAACGCUCCCUGGUUCUGAGGAAGCUCGCUUCAAGCUUGGUGACCAUCUUCCUUAAACCAACGUCUAUCUGGACUCGCGCUAUCCUAAAUGUGGGCGCAUCUUUGGUAAACGGAAAAUACGUCUCGGAAGAAGAAUGCAAAUCGGUUGAUUUUGGGACGGCUGUCCUUCCAGCCAUGACCGAGGCGCAGGUUGUUGCAUUGCUCUAUUUCUCCCACAUUCUCGCGGAGGAAAUCGAUAGAUCGAGGCCAGAGUUCCCACGAAGGUUGUUCUCUAUCAUCUCUUUUUUUUUUUUUUUUUUUCAAAUAUAAAUCUACCUUUGAAGGCUAAACUCCCAAUAGCACAGAUACGCAUCGUGUGGCUGAGAACACCGAGGAUGCUUUUGUCCUAGUUGAAUAUGUCCUGCACAAUAUCUUUCAUCAGGAAAUUUCUGGUAGGCCAUUGUCAAACCAGGCUCUUGGAUACGAAGCUGUGGAGUGCUACUACCAUUGGGCAUGCGUUCGUGGGUCAGCCCAGCUCCACGAUUCGGUGGAAACUUCCCGGUUGGAAUCAACUACAAAUUAUUUCAUUCAGACCCUAAACAUGCCAAAGCUGUCGACAACGACGGCUCAAAAUUUAAUCGAGAUGGAUUGGGGUGACAGUAUGUUCACACCAGAUCACAUUCGAUCUAUUUUGGAGUACCUUAUCAGUGAUUUUGGCACUUCUCAUAUUGCUUCACUGCUAGACGGUGACUUCGACCCUGAAAAUAUGACAUACCUGGAGCUUCUACUAGCAUAUUCAACGUUUAAACAGAGAGAGCUCUUUGCAGGGCAGUUAACUCCUGAACAUGAAAAGGCCCUUGCUUUAAUACAUACGUUAUUCAAAGCGCCUGGAUAUGCGGCCGUGGAGGAUUUGGCAGCUCCCUUGGCCCUCGAAUGGUGGACGGAAGUUGCUGACGACUUACAAGAGAUUUACGUGGAGUCAACAAACCAAACUGGUCUUGAAUCUGCAAAACGGAAUCUGGCCCGCGCAGCUUUGGAUUGCUUUGGGAGAAUUAUGUACCCGAAUCCAGAGGAGUUGCAAGAGUGGAGUAGUGAUGACCGCAGCGAAUUCGGAUCUUUCCGCCGCGAUGCUUGUGAUUUUCUGCUUGCCGUUUACCCAAUUCUUGGAGUUGAGUUGAUUCAAGUAUUCCAGGAGCGUGCGAAAUCGUCGUUGGCAAGUCAAGACUGGCAAACAUUCGAAGCGGCAAUCUUUUGCAUUGCGCAGCUUUCCGAAGCUGUUGAUGAGAAUCAGCAUGCCGACGAAUGUCUGAAUGCCAUCUUCUUCUACGAUGGGUUCGCCCGUCUCUGUGACGGUGAGAUGGCGAUUACAGAUAGAGCUCGGCAGACACUUGUCGACAUGUUCGGGAAGUAUCAAUCAUACUUCGAACGCACUCAUUCUUUGCUUCCUCGGGUCUUGACGUUCUUGUUCGUAUCUCUCGACAUUGCAUCGUGCGCUCUGACAGCAUCACGGUCCAUAUCUUACCUUUGCAGGUCGUGCCGCAAUGCUCUCACUCUCGAACUGCCGGCCUUCAUAAAUCAAUUUGAAAGCUUUCGAUUUAAGCCUACAGCCACAACGCUGACUAUGGAGAAAGUCUUGGAAGGAAUUGCUGCUAUCAUACAGACUUUGCCUACGGAUGAGGAGAAGGCCCAGUUCCUUGAGAGAAUCCUGGUUUUCUUCCAAGAACAGGCACAGCUGGCACGGGAAGAAGCUGCAAAUGGCCUGAUAGAACCAGCUCGGGGACGAGGUCAAUUUGUUCUGCGGUGUCUCGCAUGCAUCGGAAAGGGUCUUCGGACCGAUGGUGAAAUCGUCAUUGAACCCAAUGGUGGCGGUGACGAAGAUCCAUAUCCGCCUACAUUUUGGAAUACGGGAAACGGGGCUGUCUCGCAAAGCAUAAUUAUGCAAUGCAUGGAACUUCUGAUCAAAGAUUUUCCUUUUGAUAUCAUCAUCGUGGAAGCUGCAUGUGAUAUACUAAAGGCUGGAUACACUGAGAAGGCGGGCCCAUUCGUCUUUCCACCGAUUGUUACAGUCAACUUCGUGAAAAGCAUCCCCCCAGGCAGUCCUGGUACGGAUAUGGUCAUGGGGACGGCUUCCGCAUUCCUCGCAUCUCAUAGCGGUCAUCCGCAGCGCAUCCGCGAUGGAACUGUCUCGCUGAUUGUCCAUAUAUACAAUACCUUCUGCUGGAUGCAUGAGACGCCGCAGUAUUACGACCCGGAGGUUGCGAACAGCGGCAUUGAUUUCCUCACACGUUUACUUCCAAAGUACCAUCCAAUUCUGUUCACGUUGACAUCAGCGCCGCCAGGAUUCGUUCAAGGUGAUCCCAGCGCCGACAGGGGCGCCCCUCCUCGGCCGCCAAUUUUACAGGCGAUCUUGAACUUCACGCUGCUUUCACUGCAGGGCCAGGAGCCACUUCCUCUUCGCUCGGCAUCUCAGUUCUGGGCCAGCGUAUUGGGUCUUCCAAUCGGUGCUAGUCCCCAUGAACCGGAUCCUGUUCAAAACGCCCUUAAAGACUUCCUUCCAGCACUCUGCCGCGUUCUGAUUACGCAGAUUGCUGGCCGAUGUGCAAGGUCAGAUCUUGAGUAUCUCUGUGAAGUUCUCAGGAAAGUCAUAUUCAAACACCAAGGUUCAGCUCGGCCGCAUCUUGCAGCUACGCUUGCGGCCUUAGAAGCUGAGGGUUCCAACCAAAACCAGCAUCCUAUUCCGCCGGUGGUGGAAAGAGAACGCUUUCUUGCAUCCGUGAUUGCUGCUAGAGGGGCGAAGUCACAGACAAUCCAAUUGGCGCAUACGUUUUGGGUCAAAUGCCGUGGCACUGGUUUUGAUUAUCUUGGAUAGAUUAGCGGUAGAGCAGCGGAUUUAUAGAAGGGCAGGCAGGCACUCAGCCGGGUGAUGGCAAGGAUCAAACGAGUGAAAUCCAAGGGAGCGUAAUUAGCAGACCUAGCUAUGAGUACAAUGCCAUGUGGAUUCUGC